AUGGGCAUCCCUGUGGCCCAGCGAUCCGACGAGAUGGCAACGAUGCCAGCAGCGAUCGCACCGACUCCACCUGCGCCCGCACCGUCCUCGCCGCACGACGGGCCCGCCGCCAUGGGCGCUCUCGGCCUGCUUCGCCUCUUCUCCAUCUGGCCGCCACCGCAGAAGGCGGCCCCCGCGUGCCCGUCCCAAGAGCGGCACGACGCGCCGUCCCACCCCAUGCAUGGUGGCUCCCCAGGGUCGGAGGGUGCGGCGGCGGAAGCGAGGGAAGCCAUGGAAACCGCCACGUCACUCGGAAGUGGGGAGGAGAUGGGGCAAGGCAAUUCGGGUGCCGUGGCGUGCACAGCGAUGGCCACAGACGACAAUGCGGCCGCAGAGCCAGCAACGCUCGCAGAACAAUCGCUCGAGCCGCAGCCCGUGCAAUCGCCGUCGCACGGCAGCGCGACUAGUUGCGCAGAUCCCGCCGCGUGUGCCCCGUUGGAGCGCCCCUUCUCCCCCACGUGCGUGCUCGACCCGCCCGACUGGGCGACCGUGGCGGGCCUCGACAGCCUGCAGCUGCCGGCGCUGCAGCGACUUGCGUCGCACGGCGUCGUCUGGAAGCACCCUGCGACGGCGGCCCUGCGACGCUUCACGCUGCACUACGGCGGCGAGGUGGACGCGGACGGCAACUGCCUCUUCGCCGCGCUCAACCGCCUCGUACCGCAUCCCGACGGCGCGGCGGGCCUGCGGCGGAGAGCGGUGCGGCGGUUUAUGAAGGAGUACGAGGCGGGCGUGGUGGAGCGAGCGCGCGUGGACGCGGCGGUGCGGCAUCUGUACGCGCCGGACGUGGGCGUGGGGUGGGGCGUGCACGUGGUGCAGGAGGUGAAGCUGCUGGCGCCUCGCGCGCAGCGUGCGGAGCUCAUGGCGGCCGUGGGGCAGCUCGUCGACUGCGGCAUGUCAAGGGACCACGCUGUGGAGAUGGUCGCGAAGGACCGCUGCCUGCCCGUCGACUGCGCACGCCGCUGGGCGCACUACAUGUCGCUCGGCGCGCCGCUGCUGCCCGCCGGCGCAGCGGACUCCUCGGGGGAGUGCGCGGGGGUGGCGGAGUGGGAGGCGGAGCGCGAGGCGGCGGGCGGGCACGACGUGGUGUCGCUGCAGUACGCGCAGGACGGGUUGCUCUCCGCCUCCGCCUCCUGGGACUGUCCGCCCUCCGCGCUCUGCGCGGAACGGGACGCGGGUGCAGGAGAAGCGGCGGCGGGCGGGGGUGGCGGAAUGGCGGCGUUCGGCGACGACAUGGCGAUCGAGAUGCUGGCCACGGAGCUCGCCCGCGAGAUCAUCGUCUGCCGUCCGCCAUUGCCCUGUGCCGUCGUCAUCAGCAGGUCCCGUCCCCUCACCCCCCCCGUCCCGUCCCCUUACCACCCCCGUACCGUCCCCUCACCCCCCCCGUCCCGUCCCCUCACCCCACCGGUCCCGGCCCCUCUCUCCCCCCAUGUGCGCGCGCAGGUGCAGGCGCACGGGCACGACGCGAUGGUGGACGAGGGCUCGGCGCUCUUCUUCCUGCCGCACACCCCCAGGGGCGCGCCGCUCUCCGUCGCACACCCGCCGCUCUUCCUGCUCAUGAAAGGCACAGGUGCGCGCUCAUGGGGUGACAGGCGCGGGGUGGGUGACAGGGGGAGAGGGGGUGAUAUGCAGGGUGCAUGGGUAAAUAAGGCGAGCAAUGGGAGUUUGCGAGGGGAAUAUUGA